CUGACCGUAUCCGCACUGCUCUACCGCAGAGCCUUUUGAAGACGAAAGGUGUCGAAACAACUUCAUUCUAUAUUGUUACCGAAUCGCCGACUGUAUACGCGGAAAGUUGCCAGACGAUUAUUCCUUGUUUCGCAUCGAUUGAGUAUCGGACGACAAAUACCUCUAACCCAGCCACCAUCACUUGUAUAAUCUAACAAUAAUCGAUACCACCCUCCAUAGCCUCAACUUACAACUUCCACGACCUGGAACCUCACCAGAAAACAGCGAAACGAUGACAAAUCUGACCUUUCCUCUCUACCUCAUCCCCAGCAUCCCCUUCCGCCGCCGCCGCCGUACCUCCUCCACAACAACCCUCAGCACAACCCCGACCUCCACACCAUCCUCCUCUCCCCCCACGCACCCCCCGACCUAUCUCUCUCCACCAACAUCUCCUUCCUACCUUCGAUGCUCAAAAUGUCUCUCUGACCUCAUCCCCACAACCUCCAUCAUAUCAAAAGGCUUCACAGGCCGUCACGGCCGAGCGUACCUCGUCACUCCACCCACAUCAUCUACCCUCUACCAUCGCUCCGCUGACCUCGAUAAUAUGCUGCCACCUUCCGAACUCCCAAAUACAAAAGUUCAUAAAGCAGUUCCGAGACAGCUUGUUACAGGCGCACACACGGUUUCCGACAUCUCGUGCCGGUCUUGUGGAACGGUGCUAGGGUGGAAGUAUGUCGAUGCUGUGGAGGAGAGUCAGAAGUACAAAGUCGGGAAAUUCAUACUGGAAACUAAGAGAGUCGUCAGGGGUGUUUCUUGGGAAGAUGCUGCCGAGGACGGAACAGGAGAGGAAGAAUAUGUUGGUGGUGGUGAUGGAGAACGACGGAAAGCUGGAGACGAUGAGAUUGAGUUCGAUAGUCAGGAUGAAGAUGAGUGUGAGGACCUUUUCGCGGGUGUUUGGAGUGCCAAGGUUGCGGAGAGACGGAGGAAGAGAGGGGGUAACUGGGUGUAAGAAAGUGUAAGAAGGUGGCUGAUUGACAAACUUUCUUUUCUCGCAAAAGAAAGAAAGGAAGUGAAGAAAGAAGAGGGUCAUGGAAGCUUGACUUUCCAAGGAAGAUGGCAAUGGCUGUUCCCUAUCUCCCAUCUUUUUCCUUCCCCUGGAAGCAUGAGCCACUGCGGAAAUUGAUGGGUUGCUUUUCUUCCUCUCGACGUACACAUGGGACGUAGACAUUACGUUGCCUGUGUUUUUUUGGGCUGUCUUUAUAGGUAGGGAAGGAAGUACACGCGGAUUACGGGCAUCUCUCCACGGCGUUUUCUUGAGUUUUUUUUUCCUUUUCUUUUCCGGUUGAUGGAUACUUGAUACACGAUACCC